ACCAAAUGCUUACUACAAAAAUAAUAUAAUAUAAUAACGAAACUCAACGUUGUUUUUUUCUUUCUUUCUUUCUGACAAAAAUAUGUUAGUGAUAUAGCAUAUACUUAUACACAUUUAUCCCUCUUCGUAAUUUUCAUUCAUAAUAAUACCAACCUAACACCAGUACUAACCUAUCCUCAGAUGUUAACUUAAUGUUUAUUCCGUAGUACGUUAGGCUGUAAAACAUGUGUUCUAUCGGAUUUGUUUAUUUUUAUUGAUAUUGCAAGAUGCCGAAUUAUUGUCCAUUAUGUGAAAAAAAAGGAAUUAGUAACAAAAUAAAACUUUUCCAAAUUAAUUUUGACGAGAUUGUAUUAGCAUGCGAAACAGAAGAGUGCACGUGGCCAUUUGGUUAUGAAGACUUCAAAUACUUUCCUCGAAAAGUUGGAGAAAUGUGGUCAUACUAUUGGAAUAAUUAUGAUAUACAAAUGGAGAAUAAUGUUGUUCCAGCACCUCUGGAAUUAUCCUUGUAUUCUCCACCAGAAACUCCUUUUAUCGAUACUUUAAAAGAUUUAACAGACUUACUCUCUCCUGACAGUACAAUUUCUACCGGUACUAUAAACAGUAACAUCUGUCCUACUAAAAUAUCAAUUCCUUGUGUCUCAGAUCAUGAUGAUUACUGUUUAAAGAACGCUACAUCCAAAAAUAUUGAUGAUAAAUCUGAAAAUUGGAAUAUACAUAGACAAAAUCCUGAGAUAGGCGAAACUAUUCAUGAAGAUGAUCAAAAACAAUUCUGUUAUAAAAAUAUAGUCGAUGUAAUUAACGAAGAAGCUAAAAAUUCUGAUAUAAUGAAUAUUAAUUUUAAUUCAGAUGUUAUUUGCGAAUCUGAUACAGAAAUUAUUUACGAUACUGAUACAGUGGAAACUUAUUUAAGUAAUUAUAAAAAUGGAGAAAAAAGUUUGAUAAAAAACAAAGAGGAAAGCUACUAUAAUAUAAAUAGUCAUAUUAAUGAUCAAAGCCAAACUAAUAUUGAGUCUUCUAAUUCUGUAUUAGACUCAGAAACUGAGAUAAAUACAUUUACUAAGAAGAGUACUACACCUUCUAAAUUACACGUGACAAGUGUAGAAGUAAAUGGAUUACCUGUAAUUUUCUCAUACAAAGUACCUACAUUACCGUUUAGUUCUAACACAGUACUUGAUACCAGUGCAAAUUCUAUUACACCACAAAGUGAUACCACCUCUCAAUCAAUAGGCAUAAGUUCUCCUGUAACUUCAAUUAAUACAGUUUCUAAAUCGCUUGAUAAAAAGAAAGAAAGUAUACUUAAAAGUAAAAGACAUAAAAAAUUUAAUUUUAACAUUCUUAAAAAGAAACCAAAUAAUGUAGGUAAUGUUAUAAAUGCAAUCAAAAAUAUUGUUAACAAUAAAGAUACUGUUGCCAAUCGAAUUCAAAAACAAAAUUCACCAGUUAAAACUUUUAAAUCUUCUGUAGACGUCGAUAAUAAUAUGGAAGCAAAACUUACCCAAAAUAAUAUUGACAAGAACGUUUAUGGAAAUAUGGAAACAGAAUGUGCCAAAAAUGAUGACAAGAACGUUAAUAAUUUUGAUAUAGAUGCUGAUUUGAACAUAGACAGUAUAUUAAAUGAAUUUUUAGAAGGUGACAAUACUACAAAAGUAAAUGAAAAUAAUAAAAUACACAAUUACGAUGACGAUUGGAUUCAAUCUCUGCUUAAUUAGUUUUUACUUUUAUGGAUUAUUAAAAUUAAUAUAUAAAGUUGUUAUGUUUCUUAAUAUAAAAAAAAAAAUAAGUAAAAUAAAUAUUUUGUAGCCUGUAUUAAAAAAUAAACGAAUUAAAUUUUU